UGAAACCAUAUGAAAUAUUUCGAAGGUGUCCUUUAAUACAUAAAUCAUUAUUCAUCUCUUAAGCAUGAAGUUAUUUUAUUGUAUCAACAGCUUUUGGUAGUUCUCUGCCUCUCUCAUAUUGGAUUCCUGAACUCUGCGAUAUAGUAUAUCUGAGUACUUUUUGGACAAAGCAACAGUCCCUAAAAACUAUCAUCCUCAAAUCUUUUCUAGUAUUCAGUCUCCCUUUAAUAUAUUACUUGGGUAUCAGUCAUGGCCAGCUUGCAGCACCAAAGAGCCUCGGGAUGGAACAAGAAUUGUUCACAUCAUAUGAUGAGGUUUACAGCAGCUUAGAUACAUGGGUUUGCAAGAAAAUCUUGUGAAGGAAACCUAUGCCUGUGGUUUUGAGAAUUCAUUUGCUAUUCAACAUAUGGCUUUUCUUCUCUUUUGCAAAGGUCUUGAAGUUAAUCAACAUGUACAAUCUGGAACUGGUUUCACCGAAUCACAUCAGAAAGUAAGCUGCAACUCUAGAAUUAAGGCAAGUCGAGAGGCAAAUAAAACCACUUCAACAGAUUGCUGGAAACAAAGGACAAGUGUAAAUUAGUUUUAAAAACCAACUUCUCACUGGGGCAAGCAAGUGAC